AUGUCGGCUCAUCGGCAAACAGAGAAGCAGCAGCAAAAAACGCAGCAGCAAAGCCCAGGUGCUACGGGCGCCGUCACCGACACCGACACCGCGCAGACAGAACGGCAUAUCGACAACAUGUUCCCAGACGAGGCAUCGCUAGAGGGCAUUGAAGUUGUGGCCGAGAACAUGCGGCGACGGCUGACAGAAGUCCGCGGCACCCUGCGAACACUCCUGCGAGCACAAUCAGCCAGCGCCGGGCAACAACAACAGCAGAGCGUCGAGGCAACCAAGGCAGCGAUCAACGAACUGCACCAGCGCAUAUCUGAAAUGAAAGCCAAGGCACGUACUUCCGAGCGAAUGGUGCUGGACAUAACACAGGACAUUAAGGCGCUGGACUUUGCCAAGCGCAAUGUAACCCAGACGACGACAACAAUGCGGCGACUGCAGAUGUUGAUUGCAGCGGUGGGCCAGCUGAGGCAACUGAAGGAGCAGCGGCGAUGGGGGGAGGCGGCCAUUGUGGUAGCGGCAGUAACCGGACUGACCGAGGGCUUUGCAGAUUUCGGCCGUGUACGCCCGAUAGCGACGCUUCUAGCGGACGCGCAAGCGCUGCAGCGUGAGACCGCGGCACUAGCCUCUGCCGAGGUCGAGCGCGGAUUCGACGCCCAGGGUCUUUUGGUCGGCGAAGCGCGCAAAAUGCGCGCCGCAUGUGAAUGCGCCCAGGCUCUGGGCGCACAGCCACGGGUUACCGAGCACUACUGCAAGCUACAGAUGCGUGCCUACGCGGCUAUCUUCCAGCUCAAGGACGAUGUUUCGCAGCUCGAGAACGUGUCCCGGCGGUACGCGUGGCUCAGGCGCAUUCUGCGUAACUACGCUGAGUCCCACGCUGAGGUGUUCCCGGAUGCCUGGCGCGUGGCGGAGCAUCUCAGUCGCCGGUUUGCCGAGGCCACACGCGAUCAGUUGGGCGAGCUCAUGGCGACGCAAGACACUGUGUCUGCUGAGGACCUGACGGCCGCACUGGCGGACACGCUGGCGUUCGAAGCGCAGUGCAACAAAAAGUUUGGCAUCGUGGUCGCAAAGGAGCAGGGCGGUGGAGGCACAGGCCCGAGUCAUGUGUACGAGUCGUCGGGGGAGCCGGCAGCAUCGUUCAUGGGCGCUGUUUCGUGUGCCUUCGAACCGUAUAUGUCCAUAUUUAUUCGUGGCGAGCAGACCAAAUUCGAAACCCUUGUGGCGCGGUUCCAGGCCGCUCCCAUUGCGGUCGACGACGAUCCGUCGCUCAGCGUCCUGGCAUCCAGCACUGAUCUACUGUACCAGUUCCGCGAGUCUCUGCGCCAGUGUGCGUCGCUAUCCACGGGCCAAGCGAUGCUCGACCUGGCCCACGUCUUCAGCUACAGCAUGAGCAGCUAUGCGCGCGACGUCUUGAUCCACAAGCUGCCGCAAUCAUCAGGGUCGUCGCAGCAACUGGAAGAUCUCAAGCAUGUGUGUCUGAUAGUCAACACCGCCGACUACUGCGCCUCAGUUGUCGCCCAGCUGGAGACAAAGAUUGUAGAGCGCAUCGACGAGGUAUAUAAGCCGCGCGUGUCUUUUGCGGCCUGCCGUGAUGCGCUGCUGGGCGCCAUCAACAAGAGCAUCCGCGUUCUGGUGGCUGGCGUCGAGGGCCUAUGUGAGCCCGCGUUUGCCGCCCUGUCCCAGGUUCCCUGGCAGACCCUGCAAACGGUUGGCGACCAAUCUGCAUACGUAUCACUUGUGUCAUCAGCCGUGAAGACUGCCACCGAGAGUAUCCGGGGAACCAUGAGCGGUGCGCGGUACCUGCGCUCAUACUGCGAUAAAUUCGCCGUGCGGUUUGCUGAGCGAUACAUGGAGGCGAUCAACACAUGCGGGGGCAUAUCGGAGGUCGGCGCCGAGCAGCUUUUGCUCGACGCGCAGGCGCUGAAAUCAAUGCUUUUGGAGAUGCCGCGGAUGGGCAGCGAGGACAAGAAGCAGCCGGUGCCUGCGACGUACCAGAAGAUUGUGUCCCAGGGUGUGGGUAGGAUUGAGGCACUGUUGAAGGCUAUAUUGGCGCCCAGUGAUCCGCCUGAGGCCCUGGUUGAUCGCUUCCUGUUGCUGUUUCCGAAGGCUCCGCGCGAGGUCUUUCAGCAGGUGCUUAGGCUCAAGUCUGUUCGCCCCGGGGACCAG